AUGCGCCGCCGUCACGCCUGCGCGGCCGCGCUGGCGCUCUGCCUGAGCUACUCUGAAGCCGUCGACUGCGUCGCCGCGGGCUUCGCGCCGUCGCUGCGCUGCGGCUCCUGCGCGACGUUGGAAGCGCUCGUGCCCGACGAGGACAUUGUGAAAGACUGCCGGUCCUGCUGCGCCGACGACGACAAAGUCACGUACGUCAAGGCGCGGCUCGAGGUCUGCGAAUGAAAGCUCAAGCACUACCCCGUCGUCGCGGGCUUCGUCGAGAACAAGGCGGCCGCCUACGACAAGCUCGAGGUCGUCUACCGCCAGGGCCAGAAGCCGCGGCUCGUGCUGGUCGACGAGGAGGGCGACGUCGGCGAGACUCUACCGAUUGGGGGCUGGACGGAGGACACGAUCGUCGAGUACCUCGCGGACACGAUCGGCGCGGCGGCGGCGGCGAAGGACGAGCUCUGA